AUGGAGGACGAUUCAGUAAACUUUGGCUCUGAUGCGGGCGGCGCGACGCCAGGCUCGAUUCUCGCCCAACCACCGCUGCAAAGAGAAGAUACCCCUGGAGAGGGUGCAGCCGACAUCUCGAUGGCCGAAAGUACUGCUGCUGCUGGAUCUGAAGUCAAGGAUAAUACUACCUCAGACAAUCCACUGGAUGCCCCCGAUGCCCCUCGACGGGAAGGAGACGAGAUCAAGGACGAAGAAAUGGGCGAAGCUCGAGAUGCAGUGCAAAAUAACGGUGCGCCAGGAGAGGAGGGAGAGAGCGCCACGAGUGAGAAGUCAAAGGCUUCAAUCGAAGAAGCAGCUCGCGCACACCUUAUCCCUCAAACACACUCAAUCAUCCUACCAAGCUACAGCACCUGGUUUGACAUGCACAAGAUCAAUUCCAUCGAGCGAAAAGGCCUCCCCGAAUUCUUCAACAGCCGCAAUCGUAGCAAGACCCCAGCUAUUUACAAGGAUUACCGCGAUUUCAUGAUCAACACAUACCGUCUUAAUCCGGUUGAGUACUUGACAGUUACUGCUUGCCGUAGAAAUCUGGCCGGAGAUGUGUGUGCCAUCAUGCGCGUGCAUGGCUUCCUUGAGCAAUGGGGUCUUAUAAAUUAUCAGGUUGACACAGAUACUCGUCCAUCCGCAGUUGGACCACCGUUCACAGGCCAUUUCAAAAUCAUCGCUGAUACUCCUCGUGGACUCCAACCCUGGCAACCUGUCGCAGACAAGGUAGUCCUUGAAGGAAAGAGAAGCGCAGACACUGAUGCAAAGGCUGCCGCUGGACCUGUGCCUAAAUCCGACUUGAACUUGGAAAUCGGACGCAAUAUCUAUGAGCCAACCGCCAAGGUAAAACAGAUUACGACGAAGUCUUCGGAGAAGGCCAACGGAGAAGCUCCCGCGACGAACGGAACUUCAGUGUCAAAGGCCAUCGAAGAAUUUGUCAAGCCAUCGAUCGCAAAGGUCAACUGCUACAUGUGCGGGGUUGACUGCACUCGUGUCUACCACCACAGCUCUCAAGUCGAAUCGGCUUCUAGUGGAAGUGCUAAGAUUAAGUACGACAUCUGCCCCAACUGUCUCUUGGAAGGACGAAUGCCUUCUAGUCAUUCGGCGAUCAACUACACCAAGAUUGAAAACCCGGCAUACUCGGCAAUUCCAGACCGCGACGCACCUUGGAGUGAUGGUGAAGUUCUUAAGCUUAUCGAAGCUCUGGAGAAAUACGAUGAGGAUUGGGAGCAAAUUGCAGAGUAUGUUGGAACUAGGACCACGGAGGAGUGUGUGGUCAAGUUCUUGCAAUUUGAGAUUGAAGACAAGUAUCUUGAUGCCGAGCCUGUCAAGUCAACAGGUAUCGGAUUGCUCGGCUCACAACAGGGGCUGAUACCAUUCAGCCGAGCAGACAAUCCUGUCAUGUCGGUAAUCGGAUUCUUGGCUGGUCUCACCGAGCCUAGUGUAACUGCUGCUGCUGCGGGAAAAUCAGUAGAGGCUCUGAAGAAGAGCUUGCGUGAUUCUCUAGAGAAGCCUCGAUUAUCUGAAAAGGGCAAGGAGAAGGAGAACGUCGACUCGAUGGAGAUCGAUAUCCAACAUACAACUACCACGACCACAACCACCACUACGACAAACUCACUCAAUGCACUCGCAACCGUCCCACUGGCUUCCGUAGCUGCGAGAGCUGGGGGUCUCGCUUCACAUGAGGAGCGGGAGAUGACUCGACUCGUCUCGGCCGCUGUCAAUGCCACAAUGAUGAAGAUGGAGCUCAAGCUCAAGCAAUUCAAUGAAAUGGAGCAAAUCAUCCAAGCCGAGCGUCGAGAACUGGAGCGGGGCCGCCAACAACUAUACCUGGACCGUCUGGCCUUCAAGAAGCGUGUUCGCGAAGCUCAAGAAGGUUUGAGGAUGUCAGCAAAGACCGGCGGCGACCAAGGGCUCAAGAUUGCUCAAGAUGCGCUGAUGGGCGCACGUGUGGAGAAGAUGUCGUUCCAGGCUCCUGCCCCAGCGCCGUCAAACGUGCAGCCGUUGAGUGCCGAGGGUCCGAUAAAGAGCUACGAUAUCUGA